AUGGCCAGAGAUAAGAGUGUAACGUGGAAAAAAGUCGACCCCGACACAGUUGAUUUAAAGUCCUGUAAGGCUGCCAUUGUGGGUGGAACUGGUGGUUUAGGACGUGCUUUGGCAAGAUAUCUCGUUAGCAGAGGCGCUGUGGUUACUGUAGUGGGACAGACAUUUCGGGAUGCAGAUAUUAAGGGUUUAAGUUUCAUCAAAGCCGACCUGGGACUCGUGAGUGAGGCCAAGAGAAUCGCAUCUGAAUUGCCAGCUGAGGAGUUGGACCUGGUGGUUUUCACUACGGGCAUCAUCGCUGCCCCGGCUCGGCAAGUAACGUCGGAAGGUAUCGAGAAAGACAUGGCAGUAAGCUAUUUGAGCAGAUAUGUCAUUUUGAGAGGCAUUGCCGAUCGACUUGGCAAAGGAAGACUGAGUGACACUGCUCUAGCCAGACCUCGCGUUUUCAUUACCGGGUAUCCAGGCGCAAAUAAUUUAGGCGAUCCUGAGGAUUUGAAUGCUGACAAGAAACCCUAUAAGGCUUUCGGUGCUCAUAUGAAUACAGUGGCCGCAAAUGAGGCCUUAACUCUGGACUCGGCCCAGAGGUACCCCGGUUUGAACAUUUUUGGGCUAAAUCCUGGCUUGGUGAAAACAAACAUUCGCGAUAACUUUUUGGGCCAAAACUCCUGGAAGUCGUCUAUCGUCGAAUUUUUCGUCGGAUGGCUUUGUCAAUCUCCAGAAGCAUACGCUAGAAAUAUAGGUCCUCUUCUUGUAACUCCCGAACUCGAAUCCAAGAGCGGUGCCAUUUUUGACAAUAAGGGCAAUGCAAUUUUGGCGUCUCAAGGGUUCACGAAAGAACUUACUGGUAAAUUCAUGCAAUCAACUGAAAAGUUGCUGGAAGAGCAUGGUAACUGA